GGGCGGUGUUCCAGGAUUGGGGGGGUGGGCCAUGAUUCCGGGCGCUUGCAGAGUUUGGGAAGGACUUUUAUGCAACUCUGUGUAGAAGAAACUGAGAGCUAAAGUAAAGAAAAACGGGUGACCUAUUUUUUCCCAGCGAUGCAGCUCCAGGAGUGGUUGCGAUCUCUUCGCUCCGGCGGGGGGGUGCGUUUCCCGGAAGCGGAUGAGCUCCGGAGCCUUCUCCCUACUCUACCCUACGCCUCCUCCUUCUCCCUGUCCUCGCUCGCCCUGUCCCCCUCCUCCCUGCUUGGCCUGGGGGCGCUGGCCUCCCUCACUGCCUACUGGCUGGUCACUCGCCCCCGACCCAUCCGGCCUCCCUGCGACCUGCACUCCCAGUCCAUUCCAAUACAGGGAGACCCCAGCUGCCGGCGUUCAGCCCUGCUGAAAGAUGACACUCUGUUGGACUUUUACUACGAGGGCACCAGGACGGCCUACGAUAUGUUCCAGAGAGGACUGGGGGUGUCAGGGGACGGGCCGUGUCUGGGAUUCCGGGCGCCAGGAGAGCCAUACCAGUGGAUUUCCUACACAGAGGUGGCUGAACAGGCACAGGUGCUAGGCUCUGGUCUCCUAGCGAAAGGUUGCAAGCCCAACCCUCAGCAGUUCGUCAGCAUCUUUGCACAGAACAGGCCAGAGUGGGUAAUUGCAGAACUGGCCUGUUAUACCUUCUCCAUGGCUGUGGUACCACUGUAUGACACACUGGGCUUGGAAGCCAUGGUGCACAUCCUCAACCUGGCGGAGAUCUCGCUGGUGAUUUGUGACCGGGAAGAGAAGGCCAACUCACUGCUGAGCAACAAAGAGAACGGAGUGACCCCGACGCUCUCCUGCCUGGUCCUCUUUAAUGCCUACAGCACUGCCCUGGUGGAGAGAGGCAAGAACUGCGGGGUGGAGAUAGUAUCUCUGGCCCAGAUUAUGGAACUCGGGCGACAGAAUCUGAAAGAUCCCGUGCCGCCCAAACCAGAGGACCUGGCGGUGGUGUGUUUCACCAGCGGGACCACAGGAAAGCCUAAGGGAGCCAUGAUUACCCACGGCAACAUUGCGUCAAACACCUCCUCUGUCAUCAAGAUUCUGGAGGGCUCCUUCGUGAUCCGGCAGGAGGACGUGUCCAUCUCGUACCUGCCCCUGGCCCACAUGUUCGAGCGCAUGAUCCAGGUGUCCAUGUUCUGUCACGGGGCACGGGUGGGCUUCUACCAGGGGGACAUCUCGCUGCUGAUGGACGACAUCAAGACGCUGAAGCCCACCUUCUUCCCCGUGGUCCCGCGUCUCCUCAACCGCAUCUACGACAAGAUUGUGGGCUCGGUGACCUCUCCCCUGCGGCGGGUGGUGCUGCAGUACGCGGUGAGGAGGAAGCAGGCGGAGCUGAGCAGCGGUGUGGUGCGGAACAACAGCCUGUGGGACCGGCUGGUCUUCAACAAGAUCCAGGCCAACCUCGGAGGGAAUCUGAGGUUCAUUCUCACUGCCUCUGCGCCCAUCUCGCCCACCGUGCUGUCCUUCCUUAGGGCUACGCUGGGCUGUCUGAUAUUCGAGGGCUACGGGCAAACUGAAUGCACAGCUGGAUGCACAUUCUCCAUGCCUGGAGACUGGACUGCGGGUCAUGUUGGCGCCCCCCUGCCCUGUGCUAUUGUGAAACUGGCCGACAUUCCUGAGAUGAGCUACUACGCUAAGAACGGAGAGGGAGAGAUCUGCAUUCAGGGCCCCAGUGUGUUUCGGGGGUACCUGCGGGAUGAGGAGAGAACAGCAGAGGCUCUGGACAGUGAGGGCUGGCUGCACACUGGUGAUGUGGGACAGUGGCUGCCGAACGGCACCCUGCGAAUCAUCGAUCGGAAGAAGCACAUCUUCAAGCUGUCGCAGGGCGAAUACAUUGCCCCGGAGAAGAUCGAGAACGUGUACACGCGCUGUGUGCCCGUGCUGCAGGUGUUUGUGCACGGAGACAGCCUGCAGUCUCAUCUGAUUGGCAUCGUUGUGCCCGACCCUGAGGUGUUUGUGGAGUGGGCCAAAGAGCAGGGCAUCGUGGGAUCGUACGGAGAGCUCUGCCAGAACCCUGACGUGAAGAAAGCUGUGCUGGAGGACAUGAGAUCGGUCGGGAAAGACGCAGGACUGAAAUCAUUCGAACAGGUGAAGGACAUUUACCUGCACCCAGAGGUUUUCAGCAUCAGCAACGGUCUGCUCACCCCAACCCUGAAGAGCAGACGUGUGGCUAUCCGCAGGGCCUUCCAAGAGCAGAUAGCACUCAUGUACAGCAAGACUCCCGUGUAGACCCUAUAGGAAUACACUCACACCCGUGCAGAUAAGCUGGAAAUAACUGGAUCACCGUGGUACUUUACUUCACUGGGCCAUAAUACAGUUAGCUGCAGGAGUUUCAGACUCAGGUCAAGGGAGAUUGUAGUGGAUUGCAAUUAGUUUGUAUUUACUAAAGUGGGGAGUGGUAACACACUAGCAAGGUAUAUUCUAAUCAGUCAUUUAAACAUACAUGUACAGAUGCACUUGACACACAAGUUGUUGAUAAAAUGUUGGGCUGUAUAAGUCUUAAACCGUGGUACUUUGUUGAAAGGUUCUCAGAUGAGUCUGUUUUAGGCUAUUAGUGUUACUAGUAGCUGUUACCGGCUGCGAUUUGAUAUGACUGGACUUGAUGAGCAAGGCAGCAUAAAAUAGUUUACAAAGUUGACAUACCUUAGCAACAGUAUGUCAUUGGAGCAGUGGACAUUGUUGGAUGUGACAGAAUGUUAGGUCGGUGGAAGUUGCUGGCAUAACUAACAUCGGAGCUGUGGUCAUGAGGCGUGGACGGUGAAGCACGUCAUUGUUACACUGUAGACUCAUACACAGUAAUCAGACAUUAGUGGUAACUCUCGAAAGCAAGUGACUCAACCUGUAGUGGCGGACACUAAACCACGGUCAGAAAGUGUCUGGCCUGUUUCUGACCACACAUUUGUCCACAGUGAUUAGAAGAUAGCAUAGGAAAGCCAACAAUUUAAGAGCCCUGUUGCGCUCAGAUUACUUCCUUACGAAUAAUUAUAUUGUUUCUUUGUCUUCCUUUUCGUGAACAAAAAAAUAAUCAUGGGCAACAAAGUUAAAAUCAAAUUUACCCAAAAUAAUAGAUAAAAAUUCUGGUGUGAAUGCAAAUGAUUUGUUUUUAAAUGUGAAUCAGGUUUCUGGUGCAUGCAAUGUAAACCUGCUUAUCAGUGGAUGAAAAGACAUUUCUGGAAAAUGUAAAGUGAAUUUCUGGUCAAUGAAAAACCUUACUGGUAGCUGUAAAUCCAUCGGUGAUAAAUGUUUCUGGUAAAUGUAAAAGUCUGCUUGCCAUUAUAUAUGUAAAAGCAUUGCUAGUGAAUGUAAAAGUAAUGCUAAGUGUGAAGAGAAUGCUGGUGCCAUGAAAAAGUCCCCCCCCCCCUCCUGAUUUCCUCCAUUAUUGUAUAUUUGUCACACUGAAUGGUUUCAGAUCUUUAGACAAAUAUUAGAUAACGGGAACCUGAAUAAACACAAAACAGACAAAAAUCAUUUCAUUUAUUUAAUGAGCAAAAUUAUCAAAGUAAUUGCCCCCGGUUGAACCACCAAUAGCAGCAAUAACUGCUACAAAAUUCUUCUAAUUUGAUAUACAUUUUUCACAUCACUGUGGGGGAAUUUUACUCCACUCUUCUUUGCAGAAGGUUUACUUGUGAUUAUUAUUUAUUUUAUUUGUUUCACACUUACUGGCAAUAUUUCUAAAUGCAUUGGCAGUCUUUCCAUUUUGAGUUUAGCAGGUGGACAUGGUGCUGAUUGGUUGUUAUGAGUAAAGCUCCCUCAUGUCUUACCCACACUCAGUUAGCUCAAGCCAUUGUAAUUUAAAAAGAUUCUCACUGUAACGUAUGCAGUUUGUAUAAUAUGCAGUUGAUUUGUAAAUGGAUGGCAAGCCUUUAACUGUAAAUACUGAGAAUGGAUGCAAAUCAAAAAUGCAGUUUGUAUACUGUGAUAUUAACUAAUUCCCAAGGUUGUAGGAAUUUUGGCAACUUUCUUAAUGGAGGAAUAAAGAUGUUCUCAUCUG